AAGUCCUGGAGGUCCAAGAUGGUGCUGCUAGGCCGGGUUUUCCUUGGUCGGGGCCACGGUUCUCGGCGGUUUUUCAGUUAUGGAACAAAAAUAUUGUAUCAAAACAAUGAAGCUUUUCAGUCUAAAUUCUUCCUACCCCUUCAAAAAGCCAUGCUGCUGCCUAAUAGUUUUCAAGGAAAAGUGGCGUUUCUCACUGGGGGAGGUACUGGCCUUGGUAAAGGAAUGACAGCUCUUCUGUCCAGCCUAGGUGCUCAGUGUGUGAUCGCCAGCCGGAAGAUUGAUGUUUUAAAAGCGACUGCAGAACAAAUUUCUUCUCAAACUGGAAAUAAGGUUCAUGCAAUUCAGUGUGAUGUGAGGAAUCCCGAAAUGGUGCAAAACACUGUGUCGGAAUUGAUCAAAGUUGCAGGACAUCCUGAUAUUGUGAUAAACAAUGCAGCAGGGAAUUUUAUUUCUCCCACUGAAAAACUCUCUCCUAAUGCUUGGAAGACCAUAACUGACAUAGUUCUAAAUGGUACUGCCUAUGUGACACUAGAAAUUGGAAAGCAACUAAUUAAAGCACAGAAAGGAGCAGCAUUUCUUGCUAUUACAACCGUCUAUGCUGAAAGUGGGUCAGGUUUUGUAGUACCAAGUGCUUCUGCUAAAGCAGGAGUGGAAGCCAUGAGCAAGUCUCUUGCAGCUGAAUGGGGUAAAUAUGGACUGCGAUUUAAUGUGAUUCAAUCAGGGCCUAUAAAAACAAAAGGUGCCUUUAGUCGUCUUGACCCAACCGGAACAUUUGAGAAAGAAAUGAUUGCUAGAAUUCCUUGUGGUCGGCUAGGAACUGUGGAAGAACUUGCAAAUCUUGCUGCUUUCCUUUGUAGUGAUUAUGCUUCUUGGAUUAAUGGGGCAGCCAUUAGAUUUGAUGGUGGAGAGCAAGUAUUUAUUUCAGGGGAAUUCAACAGUCUGAGGAAGGUUACCAAGGAGCAGUGGGACGUAAUAGAAGGACUCAUCAGGAAGACAAAAGGCUCCUAAGACCACUCUGGCCUUCAUCUUGGUUACAAUGGAAAUGAUACAAUCUAUGAUAUUUUGAAUUAUUUUCAAGUCUAAUAAAUUGUUAAUUAACAAA